AUGACGCUGUUCUACAAAAAUCUUGGGGUGCCUUGCAAAUGCAUCAUAUCAUCAAUGAAAAGUGAUGGUAUACUAAUUCGCAAGUUAUCGCGAUAUGUUUCUCGAUACCAACCUCAUGAGAUUUCUAUUGCAAAAAACCAAUUAUGGCCAAUUCGAUGUUUUUCUUCCAUUAAUGAUGAUAGUAAUGAUAAUAUAAAAACAAAACCAGAAGAAAAAGAUCCAUUAUUGAAAAGUGUUCCAGUUAAACAGUUGUUGGAUAAAGUCAGCUUUGAAAAAAAUGUUGAUAAAGUCCAGAGACCUGAAAAAUCGGUUGAUCGAAAUUAUAUUACUGCUCGCCGAGCAAUGACUGAGUUCAUGUUGAAAUCAACUGAUCUAGAAGGCCUUAAAACUAUCAAACGGCGAUCUCCAUUUGAUGAUGAGCCUCCAAUAAAUGUUUAUUGGCGAAAAGAUGUUGUAGCCAAAGCAUCCGAAGUUUGGGGGUCUCAGGAAGGUUUAGUGACUCAACUAAUUAAGAGAGAAAUUGAGAGAAAAAAAAAACAACAAACAAUGUUUACAAUUAAAGCUCAUAGAAGAAGUAACCGUCGUCAGACCCUAAAUAAAAAUGAUCUCAAAACACAAAAGUCAUCAGGACUAUUUGGUGACUCUGGUCGUGUUGUCUUGACAGCUGUUUUCAUAAACGGUAUGAAUACAAUUUUCAAAGGUUUGGCUUGGUCCUAUACUGGAAGUCACAGCAUGUUCUCGGAAUGUAUACAUUCAAUGGCUGAUACAAUUAAUCAAGUCAUUCUUGCAUUUGGUAUUUAUAAAUCUGUCCAAAUAGCAGAUUCAUAUCACCCGUAUGGGUAUUCAAAUAUGAAAUAUGUUGCUUCUUUAAUAUCUGGUGUAGGAAUCUUUUGUAUCGGCUCUGGACUUUCAAUUUACCACGGUGUAACAGGACUUAUUCAUGCUGAACCAUUAGAUUCUCUAUUUUGGGCAUAUUUUGUACUUGGUGGCUCAUUUAUAUCUGAAGGAGCAACAUUAGCAGUUGCUAUCAAUAACAUAAAAAAAUGUUCCAAAGAAGCAAAGAUUUCUUUCUUACAAUAUGUGUUACGAGGUCAUGAUCCUACUGUCAAUGUUGUGUUAUUAGAAGAUUGUGCUGCUGUAUUGUCUAUUGGAGUUGCUGCUGUAUGUAUGUCAUUAACUUCAUACUUAAAUACUCCUAUACCAGAUGCUGUUGGAUCAUUACUAGUUGGUGGCAUUUUAGGCACAGUUGCCUCCUUCAUUAUUUACACAAACACAUCAGCUAUAGUUGGCCGUUCCAUUAGUCUAACAUAUUUAAACAAAAUCAAUGCUGAAUUGGAAUCCGAUGUUAUGAUACGGGCUAUACACGAUGUCAAAGGCAUUGAUAUGGGAAACAGUUUGAUUAGAUAUAAGGCUGAGUUAGAUUUCGAUGGAAGAGAAUUGGCUAAACAAUACCUGGACAGGCUUGAUCCUGAAGCAUUGAUGGCUGAAGUGAGUGCAAUUGAAAAUGCAGAUUGUGCUGAGGCAUUCUUAUUAAAACACAGUGAAAAUAUAAUCGAUAUGAUAGGUGGAGAGAUUGAUAGAAUUGAAUGGCAGCUAAGGUCCAAAUUCCCAGAAAUAAGACACUGUGACUUAGAAAUACUUUAG